AUGAGCCUAGGGAAGCUGCCAGUGCUCAGCUGGGUGUCAGGCUCCCACGGCAAGCGGCGGCUGAAGUCGGAGCUGACACCGGACAUGAUCAGCCCGCCGCUGGGGGACUUUCGGCACACCAUGCACGUGGGGCGCGGUGGGGAUGUCUUUGGGGACACCUCUUUCCUCAGCAACCAUGGUGGGGCUGACACCACCAAAGCCAACAACUUCUUCGCCCGGACACUGCGGCACGUCCGCCGGACACCACUGAGGAGCCGGAGCAGUGGGAGCCAAGCGGGGGCAUCGCCUGCCCCACCAGCCAUCUCGCCGAUCAUCAAGAAUGCCGUCUCGCUGCCACAGCUCAACGAGGGGAUGUACGAUGGCGGCAGCGGCCGGGGCUUGACCAGCAAGUUCUCCUUCAAAAGUUCCUCCAACAGCUUCUCCAAAACGCACCAGACCUACGCCUCCACAGAGCUGGCAGCCUGUGUGGAGCAGUUCUAA